AGGCGCACCUAGCUGUAGCGCGUCUCCUUCCUCUUCCUACUCAUUCAUUAAUUUAUUAACGAUGACCGGUGGAUAUGAAGCAGCGUUAAAGUCUUUACCUUUAUUUUAAGGCGUGCUGUCCCAGCUUGUUUCUUGUCUCUCAGGGACUCUCCGCCUGCUCUCCCUCUGCACUCACCAAAUUCAAGAACCAUGGCCCAGCAACAACAGAUAAGUCUACCAGCCAAGCUGAUCAAUGGAGGGAUUGCAGGCAUGGUAGGAGUCACCUGUGUGUUCCCAAUCGACUUGGCCAAGACGCGCCUGCAGAACCAGCGCAGCGGGCAGCAAAUCUACAAGAACAUGAUGGACUGCCUGGUGAAGACAGUUAAAUCUGAAGGCUACUUUGGCAUGUACAGAGGUGCUGCAGUAAACCUAACCCUGGUAACCCCAGAGAAAGCCAUCAAACUAGCUGCUAAUGAUUUCUUUCGCCACACGUUGAGCAAAGAUGGUGGUAAGUUGACAGUGUUCAAGGAGAUGUUGGCGGGAUGCUGUGCGGGCAUGUGCCAGGUCAUUGUCACCACACCCAUGGAGAUGCUCAAGAUCCAGCUGCAGGAUGCAGGCAGGAUAGCUGCCCAGCAGAGAGUGAUGCCCACUGUUGUAACAUCUCUGAAGAUGGGCAGGACCAGCGCAGUUCUUAGCCGUUCCUAUAACACCAUCCCGGGGCCUCAAGCCAUGCGAACGUCUGCCAUACAGAUCACCAGAGAGCUGCUGAGGACCAAGGGUGUUACAGGGCUGUACAGGGGUCUUGGGGCCACGUUGAUGAGGGACAUCCCGUUCUCUGUUGUGUACUUUCCUCUUUUUGCACAUGUGCACCAGCUUGGCCAGCAUUCGCCUGACGACCCAUCCGUCCCUUUCUAUUGGUCCUUUCUGUCUGGCUGCUUGGCUGGAUGCAUCGCCGCUGUGGCUGUCAGUCCUUGUGAUGUUGUCAAAACAAGGCUCCAGUCACUCAGAAAAGGAACUAAUGAAGAAACGUACAGCGGCGUGGUGGACUGUAUCAGGAAGAUCCUGAGAAAAGAGGGUCCUGGAGCGUUCCUCAAGGGAGCUACUUGCCGGGCGCUUGUCAUAGCCCCGCUCUUUGGCAUUGCACAGGUUGUGUACUUUGUGGGUGUUGGAGAGUUCCUGCUGGGGUACACACCCUACAACAUCUGCUCUGCAUAAAAAAAGCUGUUUCCAACCUUUGCUGGUUUAUUAAAUUACAGCAGCUAUGCCCUGAGCGUAGCGAUGGAGCCAGCUCUUUGUGUACCUUCUUUAUUGUUGGAGGUUUCGAGUAAAAUGCUAAAUGGAUCAUAGAUAUGCCAUUCAUUUUAAAAUGGUCUAAACAUCUGCCUUUAGCAUGAAGAUCUCUUUUUUUAAGAGACUGAGGUUGAAGUUGACCCGUCUGUGCUCCAGUCGAUCUUUCUUCAGGGGCACCGGACUAUUCACUGCUUUCUCAGCUUUACUCCAUCACCUGCCUUUCAUUGCAACCUAAUCUGGUUUCCCAUCUAACUGCUCUAUCUUGGCAACUAUGAGGUGAUGGUAUUUAAUGUUAUGAAGAGACAUAACUGUGCCAAUUAGCAUAAAACAAUAGUGGUAGAACAUUUUUACUUCCUGUUUUAAGAGGAUAAAUAAAAAAAGGGCAUAACCUCGUCCCAGAUUCUGUCGUCUAGAGAUGAUGGUGUAGAAAAGAUGAAGAAGAAAUGUUUGGUUAAGAGGUCUCCUGUUCCCCAUUCUCGCACCACACACACAACUGUGAUUGAUCUAAAGUGAGUUUGUGUUUUGAGCGCGCACUGUGAAUCUCUUCUACACAACUUUGUGUAUUUUUUGUUUGUGUUUUUUAACUCUGCAAAUAAAGCCCAACGAGGCCACCUGCAGCUGACUUUAGAGAACCACAUUUUUGUGGUAAAGACUUUAUUGAUGGAUUCAUUUGGCAUUUGGGACCAAAGUUGUGGAAGAAAAAAGGUGCUACAUGACCUACAUGUGGCCGUGUUCUCUUAGUCUGUUGUGUCUGUCUGAUUUCUAGCUCACACACACAAAUGACAUGUUAGGCUUUCAGAGGCAGUAAACAGUAUAAUGAUAGAUUGCACUCUCUGCCUGCUCGACCUUUUCAUGGGUUAAAGUCAUUUAAACUGUUCUGCCAAUGUAAAUAUGCAGGUUUUUUCCAGUUUUCUCAAACUGUGCAAAGUGGAGCUAAAUUAGAGCAGUUUUUAAUUUGAGCCACGUGGGAAAAGUUUAUUUUUCGUGUUCAUUUUAGAAUCAUACGUGUAAAUACAUAAAUGCUGAAUAAAUGUCUGUAAAUGCA